AUCAUCGCGGGUUCACGAGAGGGCUCUUUAGUUUAGACGUCGAGUUUUUCCACCUGAAAAGCAAGGGGAGUCCCGACACGCACGAAAGUCGUGCGCCGCUCUUUGAGCGAAUCGGCGGAUGGCGAAUGUGCGAACCAAAUAAAGAAGGUGAACAUCGAGUCAAGGCUUACUAGUGUAUUGUGGGAGAGAUAGAGCGAGCAGAGGCACACAAUAUGUGCUGGCUCGCAGAAAGGAGGCAGGAUCCUUUAAAACCAUGUAAUGUAACCAGGGAAAUGUGAAAAAAAAGAUCUCGUUUUUUUUAUUUUCGCACGGAAAAACCCUGCAGCAAAUCUAGACGAUUAGAAUCCUCGGCAACAUGCCCAAUCCGGGAGAAAAGGCCAAGCUGAAUGAAGAACACAGCAAAAAACAGAGUUCAAGCUUGGUAAACGGAAUGGAGCACCCGGCCGGUAGUUCGGGAGAGAAGAGGAGUCACCACUGGAGAAGUUACAAGUUGAUGAUUGACCCGGCGCUGAAAAAGGGAUCGCAUAAACUUUACAGAUAUGAUGGCCAGCACUACAGCAUGCCGUAUCCGGGAAUGGCACCAGUGGAUUCCGUCCGGGAUCCUAGGAUUGGUCGCAUCUGGACCAAAUACAAGGACACGGAUCUGCCAGUCCCCAAAUUUAAGAUCGACGACUGUUACGUGGGUCCCGUACCCCCGAAGGAGGUCACGUUUGCAAAGCUGAAUGACAACAUCAGGGAAGGCUUUUUAUCGGAUAUGUGUAAAAAGUACGGCGAGAUCGAGGAGGUGGAAAUUUUGUACAACCCUAAGAACAAGAAACACCUGGGCAUUGCCAAAGUGGUGUUUGUGAGCGUGAAAGGAGCCAAGGAAGCAGUGCACAACCUGAACAACACGUCAGUCAUGGGGAACAUCAUCCACGUGGAGCUGGAUACGAAAGGUGAGAAUCGGAUGCGAUACUUUGAGCUCUUGGUCAGUGGGAUUUACACCCCUAGAACCUUGCCAGUGGGAAGUGAAGCAUUCUUGGAUUCAUCUCCUCAAAGUGUAAGCAGCACACCCUCGGCCAAUGAGCCAGUCAAGCAGCCAUCCCAGAGGAUACCUGACAGUGGAGUUAGCUCUGGGACCAGUUUGGCGACUCCAAAUAGCUGCAGUACUCCCUUCUCUCUUGACACUGCUUAUUCCAGCCGUCAGGAUACGCCCAAUUCCUAUGGCCAAUUCACACCACAGUCACAGGGCACCCCUCUUACCCCUCGCUUGAGUGGUACUCCUUUUUCUCAGGACUCGAGCUACUCUAGCAGACAGUCCACACCAGUCUUUCAUUUUGGAACAGAUGCCACCGGAGGAUACAAACCCAGGCGACAUGAAACUAAAUUCCAGGAUGCCUACAAUCGGCGGCCCGAGCGCCAUUACGUCCAUAAUACAGCAGGGACGUACCGCAGCACGGAGCAAGCCUCUUUCACCAGCACCUUUAAGCCACAGCCGCCACCACCAGCGGAGCCCUCGCCUUCUUUUCCUAUUGCUCCUUCCAUAGCCCCUACUGGGAACUACAAAUCAGCGUUUUCCCCUUACCAGAACCCUCAGCCGCCAAUUUACCCUCAUGCUGUGGACCAGCUUUUCCCUCAGACUCUAAGGGAGCAAGAGUACAAACGACCUGCUCCUCCACCUGCUGAUUCUUUUGUUUCCUGUCCCAGCAGUCUUGACUUCAUUCCCGUAAAGGAAAAGCCUGAAACGCCACCCCUCCCAGAAACCCCUUUACCUGGAGAAUCAGUUGCUACUGUUCUUCCAAACAGGACGCCUGAGAGAUGCGAGACUCCCGGAACUCCAACACUUGAAUCUGAGAUGCAGCGCAACAGCCUGGACUCAAGGAUUGAGAUGCUUUUAAAGGAACAGAGGACAAAGCUCCCUUUUUUUAAUGAGCAUGAUCAAGAUGUAAUGGAGUGCAGUCCUAUUUCCUCCUCUUCGUCACAGCUAUCCCCUGUUCCCCCAUACUCAAAUUCUCAAGCCAGCUAUCCUGGAGUCUCCCCCACUUCCCGGCCCUGCAGUACUGGCCUGGAGGACAUCAGCCCUACACCGUUACCCGAUUCAGAGGAUGAUGAACCUAUUCACUCUACUGCAUCACUGCUGCUGAAUUCUCGUACAGGGCCAGAGGCAAGCACCCAACCCAGUGACUCCCAGAUGGACGCUAAAGAGGUUGUAUCCAGAGAUCAGUCACCAGUUUCGCAAAAAAUGGAAGAGGAUCACCAGUCCUCCGGAGAAGACAUGGAGAUCUCUGAUGACGAGAUGCCUGGCACACCCAAUUCCGAGUGUUCCAAAACUAUAGUGGUGAACUCUUCAGUGCCACAGCCCAUAAGCAUUCCACUCCCAGGAUUCCCUCCUCUUCCGCCUCCUCCUCCUCCUCAAACUGGAUUCCCUUUGCCGCCACCUCCCCUUCCUCCCCCUCCCACGCAUCCAGCUGUUGCAGUUCCUCCUCCACCUCCACCACAUGGUGUUCCACCACCACCCCAUAUUCUUCACCCGAUGCAUCAUUACACACCUGGCAUGAUGCCUAUUAUGCCUAUGGACCUCAUGAGCUGCCUGGGUCAUCAGUGGAGUGGCAUGCCAAUGUCUUUCCAGAUGCAGACACAGAUGUUAAGUCGAAUGAUGCAAGGCUACAGAUCAUACCCAUAUCCUCCCUUUAUUACUGGAGGAGGCAUGCAGUUUGGUGGCCUGCAUCCUUACCGGCCUUAUGCAAUGACCGCAGAAUCCGGAUUAGUUCAUGGGCAGCCCUGGCCUCCCUUACCCAAGUUUAACCCAGCAGUGCCACCACCUGGAUAUGAGCCCAAGAAGGAAGAUCCGCAUAAGUCAACUGUGGAUGGAGUGUUGAUGGUCAUUGUGAAGGAGCUGAAGGCCAUCAUGAAGAGAGAUUUAAACCGCAAAAUGGUGGAGGUGGUUGCAUUCAGGGCUUUCGACGAGUGGUGGGAAAGGAAAGAACGCUCAGCCAAGGCAUCCCUUACACCUGUUAAGUCAGGAGAUGGGAAGGAUGAGGAAAAAGAAAAGCCGAAACCAAAGGAAGCAAUCACAUCAAGCCUUCUGGAAAACUGGAAUAAAGGAGAAGGGUUGGGCUACGAAGGUAUUGGCCUCGGGAUUGGCCUGCGUGGAGCUAUUCGUUUGCCCUCCUUUAAGGUCAAACGGAAAGAACCUCCAGACCCUACUACCUGCGGUGAUAUAAAGAGAGUUCGUCCCUCUACCCCAGUGGAUGAUGAACUCGAAGAUGAAGAAUCAGAAAGGGACAGAGACAUGACUGAUAACAGCUCGGAACUGUCAAAGAAAGAUAUAGAUGGCAUUGCAGUCAGGAGGAGACAUGCCAGGCCUCUGGAAUUGGAUAGUGAGGGUGAGGAAAAAGAGGAGACAUCUGGGAAAGAGGAGGAAGAUUCUUCCUCAGAAAAGGAGGAUGAACAGGAUGAACAUGGAGCCUCUGUAAAGUUGUCUUCUGAUAAGGUGGAAAAAGACUUAGAUGAUGAGCAAGCGGAGGAGGAGGAAGAAGAUGAUGAUGAUGAAGAGGAGGAGGAAGAGGACGAUGAAGAGGAUGACGAUGGCGAUGAUGAGGAGGAGGAAGAUGACAGUGAUAUUAGUGAGAAGGAAGAUAUUGACUCUGAUGAUGCUGAAGUAAGCAGGCUCUCUUACAAAUGUGAACUUUCUACAUCUGAAGAAAGUGACUUGUCCUCGGAGUAUGAAUCAUCUAGUUCAGAUGAGGAAGAGGACGAAGAUGAGGACGAGGAAGAGGAGGAGGAUGAGGAUAGAAAAGCAUCUUUGGUGUCUGACUCUGAUGAAGAAUGUGAAAAAGAAAUGGAAGUGCAAGAAGUGAAGCCACCAACGCCUACCGCAAUUGGGCCUUGUAUAAAAGAAGAAAUUUGUAUUGGAGUCGAACCAUUCACUGAUGCUAAAAACGUUUUGGGGGAAAUGGUUGCACCAGUGACGAGGAUUGAGCGGGAGGAAGAGGAGGUGGUGUUAGAAACUAAGGAUAAUAAACUUUUGGAGGCGGUGGAGACUCCAAUAAGCAUAGAGCUCAUCCAAGAUCUGAGACCACCUUCUCCCAAAGGCGUACCAGAAGAACCUGAUCCAGAUGUAGAAAUGGAAUCAGAAAUUCCUGAGGCCUCAAAGGUGGAGCACCUAGAGGACUUGGGCAGUUUGCGUCCACCUACUCCCACAGGGUCUUUGGCAGAUAGUGAUCAAGACAUGCGAAUUAAAAGCAAGUUCUCGUCUCCAACUGUCGAAGAAGAAGAGAGCCUUCCAAGAACUCCAGGCCAAGAAAUAACAGCUCAUUCUGAUUCUGAAGUGCCUAUUGCCAAACUGUUGCCUUCAUGUGCUCUUCCUCCAACUCCAGGCAAAAAAGUAGAGACAUCCUUAGUUCCUCCAGAGCCUCUCUCUGAGCUUCCACUUCCCAGCAAGCUGAUGAUGGAGGAUGACUUACCAAGGACUCCUGGUCGAGAUUUACUUGUUAAAUCUAGUAAGAGCCUGGCAAAAUCCCAGAGCACAGAGACUGUCCCUGCCACACCUGGUAGUGAUGGUCCCAUGACAGGAAAUAGUCUAACACUAAGCUCCCCACACAUUCCUGGAAGCCCCUUUUCUUACCCUUCUCAAUCUCCUGGUGCCAGUAGUGGUAUUCCCCGAACACCAGGUAGGGAUUUAAUCUUCACUCCCACCUUCCCGGAAUCUUCUGCCACAGGUACCCCUGUGACAACCAGUCUAUCCAUUCACAGAAAAGGCUCCUCUGAUAGUUUUGAUGGCAGGCCAUUGUUUAAAGAGCCUUGUAUUACAUCACCGCAUGUAAACCUUAACAGCUUAAUCCCCUCUGUUCCUUCAUCUGGUGCUCCUUCAUUCACUUUCUCCAAGGACUUCAAGCAGCCAACAUCAGACCCCUCUGUACUUUUUGAGCCUGUACCUAAUUCAACUUCUAUGCCAAACAAAGAGAACAGUGUAAGAGAAGUCUUUCAGGAUUAUGAGGAUACAAAGAUCUUCUCUUCAGAAGACACCCCUGCUAAAAAGAAACCUGGAAGACCUAAACCAAAAAGGUUUUCUCCACCACCUGUUUUGUCUCUGGAUGCCAACUUGUUCAAAACUACAGAGUCUCAGGCUCAUACUGUACCAACAGAACAGGCACUAAAAGACUUUUUUAUGGCUGACGUAAAUGCCACACCAUCUGCUGGUGGAGUCCGAGAUCCCUCUUCAGUCGCUCUGGACUUUCGGGAAGAGCGGGGGAAGGAGGAGUUGGUGGCCUUGGAAAAAGUCCCCUUUCAGGAACUGGAGAACAAGCUGGUUGAGAAUGAACUAGAGGAAGAGAAAUUAGUACAGAAACCUCGCAGGCGGUGGCGCAGGCGGAAGCAGGAGGAACUACUUUUAGCCCUCAGCACGCCAGAUUUUUCUCCCCCCAGACCCAUCUUCAGACCCCGCACAGACUUUGAGGAAAUGACCAUAUUAUAUGACAUCUGGAAUGAAGGCAUUGAUGAGGAGGACAUCCAGCACCUGCGAAUUACCUAUGAGAGAAUGCUUCAGGAGGACAAUGGAAUGGACUGGCUCAACGAUACCCUUUGGGUCUACCAUCCUCCUACCAAUGUUUCUACCAUAAGGAAGAAAAAACGGGAGGAUGGGAUGCGUGAGCAUGUGACAGGUUGUGCUCGAAGUGAGGGCUACUAUAAAAUUGACAAGAAAGACAAAGUCAAAUACCUCAACAGUAGCCGGCUAGUGACGGAUGAACCUCCUGUGGACACCCAGGGUAUGAGCAUUCCAGCACAGCCUCAUGCUUCAACACGUGCAGGCUCAGAGCGACGGUCCGAGCAGCGAAGACUCCUGUCCUCCUUCACAGGUAGCUGUGAUAGUGACCUGCUCAAGUUCAACCAGCUCAAGUUCCGUAAAAAGAAAAUUCGUUUCUGCAAAAGCCACAUACAUGACUGGGGCUUGUUUGCAAUGGAGCCUAUUGCAGCAGAUGAAAUGGUGAUUGAAUAUGUUGGUCAAAACAUUAGGCAGGUCAUUGCUGACAUGCGAGAGAAGCGUUAUGAGGAUGAAGGCAUUGGGAGCAGCUACAUGUUCAGGGUGGAUCAUGACACCAUUAUUGAUGCCACUAAGUGCGGGAACUUCGCCAGGUUCAUCAACCAUAGUUGUAAUCCCAACUGCUAUGCCAAGGUCAUCACAGUGGAGUCCCAGAAGAAGAUUGUUAUUUAUUCGAGACAGCAGAUCAAUGUAAAUGAGGAGAUCACGUAUGACUACAAGUUCCCCAUUGAGGACGUCAAGAUACCCUGCCUGUGUGGCGCAGAAAACUGUCGGGGCACCCUAAACUGAGGUGGCCUUGGGAUUUCGCCUCUGUCUCUUGGUCUCCAUCAGCUGAUCAUUGUCAAAGCUCUUUUAAAUAUUGACCGUCUGCUGGAGCGGACACCCAUUCUCAGUUGCACUAUGCCAAAAAAAAAAAAAAAAGACUUAAUAUUUCAUCACCAACGUAUCGCACUUCGGCUCGGGCCACUGAACAAGCUAUUGUGCACGCCUAUCUACACAAUGCACAGUCUUGUUGUUUACGACUACCGGUGCUGUUCCUAAAAGUGAGUGUUACCAGUUUCUCUGCUCAAACAACACUAGACGCCCGCCCACUUGCCCUUUCCUUCCAGUCAGCCGUCACCUGCCAGAUUGUCGUGCUGGAACACGGUACAUUGGACUUUAUCUUCCAUAAGGGAAUGCUGCUACCUUUUCAGAGUGUUUAUUUGUACAGAGGAAAAUGUGAAUCAGUAGCAAAGUUAAUAAGAAUUUUAUAUAUCUAUCUAUAUAUAUAUAUAAAUAUAUAAUUUUUUUUUUUUGUUUUUCUUUAAAACAUUUGGCCUUUUGACUUUAAGUCUGAAAGCAUCGCUGUGGGUAAUUUUGUCUUUUUUUUUUUUUUAUUUUGUUCUCAUGGGUAGGUUUAGGUAUUUCUGUUGCCUGCUACAGCAUUCACCAAAUUCUAUGAGAAAUCAGUGGUCUUCUUUAUUAUGAUUUGUUUAGACAGGACUUGGAUGUCCUUGGCCUGUCACCCUCUCAGCUCCCAGUUUGUCAUACACACUGAACUACCUGGCUGCCCUUAUGAGUGUGACUGUCAUUUUCACUUUUGCGGGAAAACAAUUUUUAUUUAAAAGGAAAAAAAAAACAUUUAAUUUGAGCAAUAGUGCAUCUACUCAAACUCAAAUUCUGCUGCCAGAGUCAUCCCUUAAUGUGUCCUGUGAUGGCACAGACAAUCGAGUGUCGGAAUGCUGCUGCUUGAGUGCCCUCUACAGGUCUGAAGUGGCCGCUUGGCUCCCUGAUGCCAGUUGACCUCCCCGUUCCGCCAGUCUUUGUUGUGUUUGAAGACAUUUGGUAUCUAGAAAGUGUGGCCAUUUUUACACAUUUUCAAUUGUCUCCCAAGUGCUAAAAAAAAAAAAAUGCACUAAAAAAAGAUGAACCUCUUAAGUAAAAUACUUUUUCAUUUGUGGCCCUAUUGAAAAGUUGAAGGGGAAAAGCAUGAGUUUGCUUUUCACUGUAUUUAACAGUUGAAAAUGAUGACAAUCCAGGUUUGUAAGUCCUUAACCCAUAUGGUUAAUAGUAUUUUAAAUAAUAACUCUAUUGUUGGACACUUUUUUUCCCAGCAAAAUGCAGAUACAUGUUUAGUGCAUGAAUGUGUGUAGAUACAUAUUGUUUGCACAUGCAUGUAUAUUUAUGUGCACAAAUGUGUAUAUGUACAUGCUUUUCCAUAUACAUGUGUGCAAAUAUUUAUAAAGUACACAUUCAUUCAUUCAAUGUUUAGUGUACCUUCUCCAAUUCUGUGAACUGCAGGUGCACUCCUGAGGAGGAGUAAAGCGGUUUGGAACAUCACAAGAUCCCCACUGAUUUUUCAGAGCUCUUUUUAAAUUUGGACCAGACUGCUUCAAUUGACCGACCAUUCAGACAAUGUGAUUGUUUGUUUAGUUUCUUCAUGUGGCACAGAAAUACCUAAAAGACAGAAUAUGGGAGAUUGUACUAAUGAAUACCCAUGGCAGUAGCAUUGUUUUUUUUUUUUUUUUGUGAUCGUUUUUUUGUUUUGUUUGUUUCUGGUGCUGUAUUGUUUGGGACAUGUACAUGAAGAUAUGUCUGCACAUGUGUCAAGGUCCUGUGUAAAUGUGUAGCUGUGAGUGGGUGUGGGUGUGGAUGUGUGUGUGUAUUGGGUGGUCCCGAGGCGCGCGCACACACACACACACACACACACACACACAGGUGCAUGUCAUGAAUUGUAACAUUAGUUGACUUUUGUACAUAAACUAGCUUGGUUUUUUGUUUGUUUGGUUUUUUUUUUUGUUUGUUUUUCCCCCCAAAUGCACUAUGGGUUGGCAUGUAAUUUGGCUGUAUUGUUUGCCAAACACUUGCAUGAAUCCUGUUUUGUUUGUUGUUUCAAUCCCAAAUUUUUACCUUCUUAGGAUCCCUGUCUAGGUCUCUCGAGUUGAUCCGCACAAGUUGGGGGGGAAAGGAAGGCUUUUAGAAGAAGAAAAAAAAUGUUUAUACUGUACAGAACAAUUUCUAUAUAAGAAGAAAAAUCUUUUUAUCAUCUAAUAGUGAAUAAAUAAUCAAGUUUUUUUAAAUAUAUAAUCAUUUCAAAACCAUAAGUGUAUAUAGGAAUAUAUAAAAGUUGAUACUUUUUUUUUUUUUUCUCCCUAGAAUCGAUGGUGCAUCCCUCUUUCUUGUUUUGGUUUGUUAUACCAGCACACCCAUGCACCCAGCCUCUUUUCUAAAGGUUGUUUCUUGUAGAAACAUGUGUCUGCUUUUGUGCGGUUAUAUAUUUUGUAUGUGUUGCGAGUGGGUGGGGGGGGGUUGAUGGCUGUAUUUUUGUUGUAAAUAAUUUAUAAAUACGUCUUGGGUCUGCUACAUCGGCACAGUGAGCUGGUAGCUCUGUUUACGGCUUGUGUCAAGCUUGUUGUACAUUGUAUAGAAUUUCUAUUUACCUCUUGCAGAAGCGGGGGAAUCACAAAGCAUUAACUGUCCAUUUGAACAUCCGUUCCACUGCUGUCUGCUUAUUUAUUAAAUGUAGACAUAUUUUUUUUUUUUUACAAACAGCAUUACGUUGUUUUAAUGCAAAGCUGAAACUGGAGUUGACACGGCCCCCUGCGGUGGGCACUGCUGUCCACACGAAAACCAUUGUCCCCUCUGUUCAUUUUUGUCAAAUCUUUUUAACACCCCAAAACCCAAAAUAAAACUCACUCCUUAGAAACAUUUCUUAAAUGGGUGCAGUGGAUUCCAGAAUGGUUUGCAAUAAAAACAAGUGUUCUGAACUUCUCUCCCUCACCACCUCUUUCAUGAAGAAAGCCUACUUUGGAAAUGGAGGAUUUUUUGUUUGUUUGUUUUCCACUUGAAAUUAACCCAGUUUUAUUUGUGCAAAUAUAGCUUGUGCUUAAGAUCUUGUUUGACGGAAAUGUUUUGUUGUGGGUGUGUCUUGGCUGUACAUACUUGUCUAUAUAUAUAUUUUUUGUGAAUUCAUACUAUGUACCAUUGUAUUAUAGUAACUUUUAUAAAGCAAAUAUACUGACUUUUUCUUAACAA